GCCAGUCGUACAGGCAUGGCCCGCGAGUCGACAGCAACCUCCUCGAGCGCGGCUCUGUCCCCGGCGGCGUCGUCGUCGUCGGCCUCGGCGUGCUCGAUGUCGCCCGGACGGCGGGGCCGCGGCGGCGCGCUGGCCGCCGUCGUGCUGGUCCUGCUGCUGCUGGGCGUGCUGCAGGCCGCGCAGGCCGCCGCCAGGAUCCGCGACCUGGACGACGCCCUCGUCGGCGACAUCAAGGACCUGAAGGACAUCCGCGACAACCGGGUCCGGCCCGAGCAGGGCGGCCACAGCAAAGACGAGCUGCUGCUGGUGCACGUGAUGUUCCGGCACGGUGACAGAACCCCGGACCCGCCCACCUACCCCACGGACCCCUACGGCAAUUUCUCAUACUUCCCCUUCGGCUGGGGAAACCUUACUCCGGCCGGCCGCCGCACGGAGUUCCGUCUGGGCAAGUUCCUCCGGCAGCGCUACGAGGACUUCCUCGGCAGCUACCGGUCCGGCGUCGUGUACGCGCGCACCACGGACUGGCCGCGCACCAAGGACUCCAUGGCCCUGGUGCUGGCCGGCCUGUUCCCGCCCGCCAAGCAGAACGUGUGGGGCCACGACGGCGAGGACCUGGGCUACCACUGGAUGCCCAUCCCCGCCGACACCAAGCCCAGGGACCAGGACAAGCUCCUCUACAUGUGGGACGUGCCCUGCCCCGCGUAUGACAAGGAGUUCCAGGACGUCCUGGCCUCCCAGACCUUCCAGAAGCAAUUCCGCGGCAGCAACGAGCAGCUCAUCAACUACCUGCAGAAGUACUCCGGGGCCCAGAUCAACACGCCGGAGGACGUGUACAACAUCUACCAGGCUCUGCUGGGUCAGAGCGGGUUCAACCUGACGCUGCCGCACUGGACCAAAGAGGUCUUCCCUGACAAGAUGAAGCCCCUCACCGCCCUCUACUUCGAGGUGGACUCGUGGACCCGGAAAAUGCAGCGCCUGCGGGCAGGCCCGCUGCUGAAGCGCAUCCUGCACACGUCGGUGUCGCGCGCCGAGUUCCCGGACCGCAAGCUGUACCUGUACGCCGCGCACGACAACAACGUCUCCGCCUUGCUGCGCGCGCUGCAGGUGUGGCAGUCGUCGCUGCCGCCCUACGGCACGGCCAUCAUCGUGGAGGUCAGGAAGAAGGCCGGCCAGGUCGGAGUCCAGCUGUUCAUGAGAAACUCGACGGCCACGGACGACCUGCACAGCCUGACGCUGCCGAACUGCGAGCACUUCUGCCCGCUGCACCGCUUCGUCAAGCUCACCGAGGAAGUCAUCCCGGACGACUGGGAGGCGGAGUGCAAGAGCUAGGCGCAGCGGAGCCAUGGCGUUGCCGAGCAGCGGAGUUAGUUUUAAGAUUCAGGCUGUGAGAUUCGCGGCGCUGUUAGAGGUUUCUUGUGGCCGACGACGACUAUUUUGUACAGCCAAAAGAGAAAUUGUUCUUGUUUUGCGUUUGGGAUCAAACAUUUUCGGUCGAACCGGCGGAUUUGUACAGCUGGUUCCUCAAGAAACUUUUAACAGGGUUGGGGUGGGGUGGGGGGUCCGGUGAGAUCGCCGCAAGUUAAUUUUGUGUAAGGGGCAGCGAGGCUUCGGGGGCGUCCCAUAGCGAGGUGUGGAAAACGAUCCUUGUUUCCAGGCUAUGUAUGGAUGAGCCGUGCAAAAAGUACCUCAUCGUUUUCGGACGCCCCCGUGUCACUUCUACAGUAUUCCGAGUUUUGACCGCGGGCCGGUCGCUGGUCAGAUCCACAUUCACGUCCACAUUUUCAUCGCGCCUCCCUUGUUGUGUUCGCUCUUCCCAUUAGCGUAGAGGUCUGAAGACAUUUCGGCUCUUCAAACUCAUCGUCCACGCUAGCUGGAUUCUAGCGUUGGUCCGAACGGUCAGGUCACCGAGUGACGCCUUAAUCAAGUCAUUGUGAUUCAUUCACAGCGUCACUUCAGUUUCAUCCAUGUCAACUAUUUAAUUUUAACUGGUCACAGUUACGAUGGCCACUUACUUCCUUCUAGUUUUACGUUAUUCUCGAAUUAUAUUAUUUAUCAACCACA